UAUUCAGAGCCCAAUGUCAUCUAUGUAGCCAUUGUAAUUUUCGAAAAUAACAAUGUUGCAGUCGGCAUUUUCAUAAAAAUUUUUUUUCCUUUUUUCAUAAUUUUUUUGUCUCUUUCCAAUCUCUUUGGCACACACAUUUCCCCCUAGGAGAUAGCCCCUUUUCCAAUGCCCCCCAUUAAUAAUCCUAGACACACUACUGCCUCUAUUCCAGACAAAAUGAAAAAGAAGGAAAAAUGGUAUUUUGUCGGUAAUGCUCUCUUGGGUUGGGGGGUUUUUCUGCUUUUAGUUUUGGACUCGACCGAGUGUGAAUUAAUAUUUAUGUGUAAAAAUGUAUUAGAAUAAGAGUUAUAAUUCAGAGAAGGAAAUGGAAAAAAAAGAAUAAAAUGACCUCUUUUUUUGUUUGGUACCGAGAAAGAAUUAAUAGAUAUGUUGC